AUGUGUCAGCUCGUACGGCUUUCACCUCUUGCGGGCUCUCCUCGACUGGUGUGUGCUGCUGGGCUGGCUCUGCGGACUCCUCUCGUGACUGAUGACCGACGGCCGGGUGGGCACACGUCCGUGGACCACUUCCGGGCGUCGGAAUCGCACUUUCGACUUACGAUUUUUUCACUUCUUGCGUUUUUGACGUUUUUUGGACGUAUCUCGGCCGGUAUUUGUCUGAGGGCUUCGGGAGUGCCGAAAACCCCCCCUUACAUCCCCCUGUCAGCUGGGGUGACGACGGACCUGGUGCAGCAGACCCGACCCUCCUACCCCAGAAGGGGGCGGAGGAAUCGGACUUUGAAAUUGCGUACUUCGGACUACUUGCAUCUUACAUGCGUGGGUGCUGCUGGGCUGGCUCUGCGGGCUCCUCUCGUGACUGAUGACCGACGGCCGGGUAGGCACACGUCCGUGGACCACUUCCCGGCGUCGAAAUCGCACAUCGGACUUACGUUUUUUUGGAAAACUUGCGUUUUUCACGUUUUUUGGACGUAUCUCGGCCGGUAUUUGUCUGAGGGCUUCGGGAUUGCCGAAAACCCCCCCUUACAUCCCCCUGUCAGCUGGGGUGACGACGGACCUGGUGCAGCAGACCCGACCCUCCUAGCCCAAAAGGGGGCGGAGGAAUCGGACUUUGAAGUUGCGUACUUCGGACUACUUGCAUCUUACAUGCGCGGGUGCUGCUGGGCUGGCUCUGCGGGCUCCUCUCGUGACUGA